AUGACUCAGAAGCCGCUCAGCACCACCGCCGCAGAGCGCAUGAACCUUGUGGCCCAGGACGAGAUCUGGAAAUACCGUCUGAAGGCUGAAUAUGAAGCCCAGGAAAACUGGCCGACAAAGUGGGGGUUCUUAAUAACCUCCAUGGAGAAGCUUCUGGAAGGUGAAGAAGAACCACAUACCCCAAAGCCCAAGAUCGAGCUGCCUAGCCACUUCCGUGUCCGGCCAGUGAGCCCCAUGGACAAAUACAUCAAGGUCCUUCCAUCACCUCCAGUCCCAAAGACCACCCAGGGCUUCAUCGGAUGGCGAUCUGGGGUGCCAGGCCUGAACAAGUGUUUGGAGCAUGACACAGAAAUCCGCAGCUGCAAAGGGGCGUAUGCCCGAGAGCUGCACUGGCCUGAGCAAGGCGUGCACUAA